AAUGAGCGAGCCCGUCUGCCAGCAGGUCGGGCCUAGAGGGCAAGAGAAGCCGGGCGCGGAGCCGGGGAGUCGCGUGAUUGGGCCGGCCGGGCGAGGUGCCGCGGGCGGCGGCGGCCACCUCCCCCUCCGACCCCCCCGCCACUGUCAACAUGUCCCGGUGGUUCUUCCCGUGGUCGAGCUCGAUCAAGAAGCGGGCCUGCCGCUACCUGCUGCAGCACUACCUGGGCCACUUCCUGGAGGAGCGGCUCUGCCUCGAGCAGCUCAGCCUCGACCUCUACGCGGGCGCCGGCCGCCUCACCCGCCUCCAUCUCGACGUCUGGUCCGUGAACGAGUUCCUGGAGUCGGUGGGGGCCCCGCUGGAAAUCCUGGAUGGCUUCAUUGACAGCAUCGCCGUCACCAUCCCCUGGUCUGCCCUGGUCACCGAGAACUGCACUGUGGAAGUGAGCGGCCUGCAGGUCACAUGUCGGCCCAAAUACCGAGCUAACUCUGGCUCGGAGUCCCAAAGCUGGGCGUCAUGCAUGACCACCAGCAUGCAGCUGGCCCAGGAGUGCUUGAAGGAACAGGCUGAAGAGCCAUCGGAUGCCACCCAGCCCCUGGAGGGCCUGGAGAUGUUUGCCCAGACCAUUGAAACAGUUCUGAGAAGGAUCGAAGUGACCUUUCUGGACACGGUGAUACGUGUAGAACACACGCCCAGAAGCGGGGAGGCAGACAGCGUGGCCCUGGAAAUCCACAUCAAGAGGCUGGACUACUGCGAUGAAGUGGUGCGGGAUCCUGGGCAGGCGCUGGCCGUUGACAUCCACCAGCCUCCGCCCUUCGUGCAGAAGAUCCUCCAGCUGAGCGGCGUCCUGCUUUACUAUGAGGAAUUUGGCAAGGGCCGUGCCCGGGGCCCCAAGGAGGCCGAGCUGUGCGAUUCUCCCGGGGAAGAGGCCGGACCCAGCCCGCUGCUUCAGAUUGGAAGCUGCUCCGGGCACACCGAGAUGCGGAUUAAGCUCAAGCAGAACGAGGCCUUCCCUGGAGCCAAGCUGGAAUUGGAUGGGAAGAUUGGGUCGCUGCACCUGCUGCUCGCCCCCCAGCAAAUCUUGCACCUGGCGGACCUUCUGUCGUCCCUGAACCUCUCCGAAUCCGGCAUCCUGCAGGAACAGCUGAGCAAAAACCGCCCUCUGGAUUCGGAGGAUCUGAAGUUGAUUGAGCAAGACCUCAGCCAGCAGCUGCAUUCAGGGCUGGGAACGGCUGCUGCACAUCUGGAGGGAAUGGCGGCGGCGGCAGCAGCUGGAGUAGAAAAUGGAGAGAUGUUCUUCUCCAUGGCGCCCCUGACAAGCAGCGUAGCGUCCCUGCGGUCAGUCAGCGACCUCUCUGACCUGGACCUCGAUUCCUCCGUCCACAGCGACAUCAGCACAGCCCCCUUGCAGCCGCCAGCCUUUGCCCCAGGGCUGAUCUUGGGAAGCCCCCGGCAUUACAGACGGUCGCCUUUUGCCUCAACCCUGCCAGGUCUCAAUAAGAUACCAAGCAAGGCCGGCCCCUUGCCACCCCCCUCCUUGGAGAGCCAGCGUCCUGAGAUGCUGUUGCGGAUGACUGUCGGGGGGCUUACCUUGACCCUGCUGCAUCAGCCUCCAGGGCUUUUCCCAUCGGAUGUCCUUCCUCUCCUGGUGGCUCAGCGCUUCUUCUACCAGUUGGGAGGCCUGAAGGACUCGGCCUUCGGCGGCCGGGAUUUCCACCCCCUGCGCCAGUGCUUCGAGGGGGCCAUUCCACGCAGCCAUGUCAGGCUCACCGGGGCUGCGGUCCAACUCACCUGCGAACGCAAGGCUUCUAGGCAGCUCCGUGGGCUCAACUGGGACGCCUCCUUUGGCCUUCUGGAGAUCUUGGAAUGCCUCUGGCCGGUGAACAGUAUUGCAGGAAAACCCGAAUACACUCAGCUGCUGGUCUUUUCCACCCCGGGCACCGCUCCCUAUGGCCAGUCGCCUCAGCCCUGCGCCCGUGUCCGCUCCAAGCACUUGGAGAAGCUGCCAUCCUCCAAGAGUGGCCUUGCCAAAGUCGUCUCUGCCAAGCUGAUGGUGGAGCUGAGGGUGGAGCUGGCCGAGUUCUGCUCCGAAGUGGACCUGGGCACGCUGGAUCGCCUCUGCUCCCUGCUGCCGCCAGCUGUGGUGCCCCCCAGGCCGGGCAGCCAUCCUCCGGAGGAAUCCAUGCCAGGCUUCCCCCCGGCUGCCAGAUGGCAGGCCAGCCUGCAGCUGGUGGCCCCCAGAGCCUCCCUGCGCCUGCAGUUCCCCAUCCCAGACCUCCGAGCCUGGCCCGAGAGGCGUCCCUGGGCCGAGAAGGCGGUGCGCAAGGAGUGCUUGCGGCUGGACCUGGCCGGUGCCGAGCUGCGUGUGGAUUUGGAGCCGACGGGCCCCACCCAGUUAGAAGUCACCUUGGCCGACUUGCACGGCAUCUAUGAAGAUGGCGAGAAGCUGUCGGUGCCUUGCUUUCGGGUGGGCAGAGCCCCCGACCUGCUGGCCAGAGGUGUUGGGAAGAAAUACCUCCUUCCGAAACUCACCCUGAACUUCUGCCCUGUGCCCGCGGAUGGCCCUUGGGAUUCGGUCCUGGCAAAAGCCGAAGAAAUGGAGCUCUCGACUGUCGAAAGCCCCUGCGAGCUGAAGCAGCCGGAGCCCUCGCCCUUCUCCUCCAAGCGGACGAUGUACGAGACAGAGGAGAUGGUCAUCCCCGGAGAUCCCGAGGAGAUGGCCGAGUUCCAGAGCCAGACGCUGGCGGCCUCCCGCUACACGCUGGAGGUGACCUUCCCCACCAUCCACGUCUCCUUCCCGAGCAAGAAGUUCUAUGAGAGCAUCUACAACAGGAUCAAUAAUGACCUCCUGAUGUGGGAGCCCUUCAGCCCACCCCCGAGCCCCUCUGAUCCUCCAGGGGGGGCUGGAUCAGCAUCCCCCUUUGCCCCUGAAGGGCCCCGUUGGCCAGAGAACUUCCAGAUGUGCAAGUCAGCCUUUAAACUGGAUUCAGACUCGGAGGACGAGGACUCCCACUUCUACUCAGCGGGUGAGACGGGCCCGCAGCAGAAGAGGGGGGAGCAGGGAAACGUGUUUCCCCAAAGCUGCAUCUCGGUCGUGCUUCGUGUGGGCAAGGGACGGAUUACGGCUCUCUGCGACGCCCAAGGCGAGGAAGGCAAGAAGCUGGAAGUCGCUCAUGGGGAGCUCGUCCUGGACGUGGAGAACGGCAGCCUCUUCAGCGUCUCGCGCUACAAAGGCCGCGAGGACAUUGGCUACUUCUGCAUCGAGGCGGAGAAGGUGGCGCUUUAUCACAAAGCUGUCGUGGAGGACUACCUUACAGCUGAGCGUCUGGAAAUUCCCAGUUUCCUGCCCCCCGAUGGGCUACACCCCACCAUCUAUGCCUCCCAGGAAGGCCCCAUCAGCUGGCCUUUGGGGGCCAAGAAAGACGGGCCCUUCAAGAUGCUGUCUGUGGCCAUCCAGAUCAAUCUGGACUUGAAGAAGAACAUAAAGGAGUUCCUGGUGACGCUGCGCCUCGAAGGCGCCACCAUAUGGCACCGCAUGGCACUGGCGCACCAGAGCUGGUACACACAGUUGAUCGACUUCCUGGACGUUCUGGACGACCCCAUCCUGGGCUUUGUGCCCCCCGCCAUCAUCACCGUUUUGCACACCCACCUCUUCAGCUGUGUGGUGGAUUACAGGCCUCUCUACUUGCCCAUCCGGGUCCUCAUCACGGCCGAGACCUUCACACUUUCGAGCAACAUCAUCGUGGACACGUCCGUCUUCCUCCUCCGGUUCAUUCUGGAUAACUCUACUCUGUUCCUCUCGAACAAAUGCGAAGCAGAGACGGGCGACCUGAAUAAAGAUUAUGUCUGCGUGGUGGACGUGGACCUCCUGGAACUGGUCAUCACUACGUGGAAAGGGGCCACAACCGGCAAACUGACUCGGCCCCUCUUUGAGCUGCGCUGCUCCAACAAUGUGGUCCACGUGCACACGUGUGCCGACUCCUGCGCAGCGCUCGCCAACCUCAUCCAGUACGUGGUCAACAACGGCGACUUGCACCCACCACCUCAGCACGACAGCCCCACUGAGAUUGCGGGGCAGAAGGUGCAGCUGUCAGAAAGCCCUGCUUCUCUGCCCGCGUGUCCCCCAGCGGAGACGGCAGCCAUCAACCAGCGAGACCUCACAGAUGCCCUCAUAGACACGGAGCGCAGCCUCCAGGAGGUGGCCGGUGAGACUGGUGACUUUGGGAUGAGGCGGCAGCCUUCGCCGGUCUCGGUGUAUCUCUUCCCUGGCGAGAACGGAGCAGCCUGCCAGGGGGAGGCCCCGGCCCCGCCGCUGGUCCCGGUGGGCGAGGGGCUUGAUUUCAGCCCUUCGGAAGACAGCGAAGGCGAGAGCGAGGCCACGGAUGACUUCUGCAUCUUGGACGCUCCGGGAACCGGCAUUCCUCCUCGGGACGGUGAACCGGUGGUGACCAAGCUUCUGGAAGGGCCCGUCCAUAUCCAGGAGGGCCACUUCUCCCGGCCCCUGGGGAGCACGGAUCUGUUGAAAGCCCCGUCGCACUUCCCUGUGCCCGAGAGCCGAGUCAUGAUGCGGGAGAUUUCAGUGGUCUGGCAUCUCUACGGGGGCAGAGAUUUCGGGCCAGGGCGCUCAGCUUCCGGCCACACGCAUUCACCCAGGACGAAGUCGAGUCUUUCCGGCACCCGAUCCUCCCCGUCUCGGUCCUCAGUCCCCAGCCGGCCCCAGAACUCCUGGCGGGCUCAGGGGGGCCCUGGCCGCGUCCACGACCUGCUGAUGGAGAUCCAGCUGACGAAGGUGAGCUUCCAGCACGAAUCCUAUUCGGGUGGCACGCCAGAGAAACCAUCCUUAGAAUUAGAGGAGCAGCCGCUGGCCAGGCAGGUGUUUGUCGUCCAGGAGCUGGAGAUCCGGGACCGCCUGGCCUCCUCGCAGAUCAACAAGUUCCUGUACUUGUACAGCAGCGAGCACAUGCCCCGGCGUGCCCAUUCCAACAUGCUCACCAUCAAAGCUCUUCACGUCUGCCCUGAAGCUGGCCUGGGGGGUCCCGAGUGCUGCCUUCGGGUCUCCCUGAUGCCUCUCCGGCUCAACAUAGACCAGGACGCCCUGUUCUUCCUCAAGGACUUUUUCACCAGCGUGGCGGCCAGCAUCAAUCCUGUCGUGUCCGUCGAGGCCGGACCUGAAGGUCGUGUCGAGUCCCCUGGGAAGGAGCCAGAGGGAGCCGAGGGGAUGAUGGCGGCCUCGGUGGAAACCACAACCAGCGAAAAGAGCUCCGUCUCUGACGCCUCCUCUUCCUCGGAGCAGCCCAUCUAUUUCCGGGAAUUCCGAUUCACCUCCGAAGUCCCCAUUUGGCUGGAUUAUCAUGGGAAACACGUCACCGUGGACCAGGUGGGCACCUUCGCUGGCAUUCUGAUCGGAUUGGCUCAACUCAACUGCUCGGAGCUGAAACUGAAGAGGCUUUGCUGCCGCCAUGGGCUCCUGGGGGUGGAAAAGGUGGUGAAUUACGCACUGACCGAGUGGCUGACAGACAUUCGCAAAAACCAGCUGCCGGGCAUCCUGGGUGGCGUCGGACCCAUGCAUUCCUUUGUGCAGCUCUUCCAUGGCCUGCGGGACCUCUUCUGGCUCCCGAUCGAACAGUACCGGAAAGACGGGCGCAUCAUCCGUGGCUUGCAGCGUGGCGCGGCAUCCUUCGGCACCUCCACAGCCUCAGCCGCCCUCGAGCUCAGCAACCGCCUGGUGCAGGCCAUUCAGGCCACCGCCGAGACCGUCUACGACAUCCUUUCCCCCACGGCUCCGCCAUCGCGCACCCUGCCGGACAAGAAGUAUGCCCGCAAGCUACGGCGGGGUCAUCAACCGGCAGAUCUACGCGAGGGGGUGGCCAAGGCCUACGACACCGUGCGCGAGGGCGUCAUAGACACAGCCCAGGCUAUCUGUGACGUGGCAACUCGCGGGCAUGAGCAGAAGGGCAUCACGGGGGCCGUCGGCGGCGUCCUGCGGCAGAUCCCCCCCACUGUCGUCAAGCCGCUGAUUGUGGCUUCCGAAGCCACCUCUAACCUCCUGGGGGGGAUGCGCAACCAGAUCAAACCCGACGCCCUCAAAGAAGAAUCUCUAAAGUGGCGGUUGGAGGAGGGCCAGGAAUAGCGGGGCCCUCCUUGGCCCCAGAUCCAGACCACGGGCCCAGGCGCUCUCCCUGUCCCCGUUCGACAUUUGCACAACCACGGAGGAGAUGACCUCGGCCGGGAUGGCCACAAGCCACAUUGUGGACAAGGGGGCGGCCAUAUUACUGCCUGACAGCUC